AUGUACGACUUCGCCGUCAUGUGGGAAUGGGUGGGCUUCGCCGUGCGCUGGCUGCACGUCAUCACGGCGAUCGCGUGGAUCGGCUCGUCCUUCUAUUUCAUCGCGCUCGAUCUGGGACUGCGCAAGGCGCCGCACCUGCCCCGGGGCGCCCAUGGCGAGGAAUGGCAGGUCCAUGGCGGCGGUUUCUACCACAUCCAGAAAUAUCUCGUCGCGCCCGAACAGAUGCCCGACCAUCUGACCUGGUUCAAAUGGGAGAGCUAUGCGACCUGGCUGUCCGGCGCGGCGCUGCUGAUGAUCAUCUACUGGGUCGGCGGAGAGCUUUACCUUCUCGAUCCGACCAGGGCCGAACUGUCGCUGUGGCAGGGCAUCGCCAUUUCCGCCGCCUCGAUCGGCAUCGGCUGGCUGCUCUACGACCAACUCUGCAAGUCCAAACUGGGCGACUAUCCGACCGCGAUGAUGCUGGUUUUGUUCGUCAUCAUCGUGGCGAUGAGCUGGGGGCUGAACCAGGUCUUCACCGGCCGCGCCGCGCUUCUGCAUCUGGGCGCCUUCACCGCGACCAUCAUGACCGCCAACGUCUUCUUCAUCAUCAUGCCGAACCAGCACAUCGUGGUGAACGAUCUGAAGGAAGGCCGCACGCCGGACCCCAAAUACGGCAAGAUCGCCAAGCUGCGCUCGACCCACAACAACUAUCUGACCCUGCCGGUCAUCUUCCUGAUGCUCUCCAAUCAUUUUCCGCUGGCCUUCGCCACCGAUUUUGCAUGGAUCAUCGCGAGCCUGGUCUUCCUGAUGGGCGUGCUGAUCCGGCAUUUCUUCAACACCAUGCACGCCCGGCAGGGUCAUCCGCACUGGACGCUUGCCGCCUCGCUGAUCCUGUUCGUCAUCAUCGCCUGGCUGUCGACCGCGCCGAUGCUCGACACAUGGGAGGAGGCCGAAGCGCGCGCCCUGACGCCCCAUGAACAACAGUUCGCCGAUGCCGAAGGCUUCCGGAACGCCUAUGACAUCGUGCUCGGCAAUUGCGCCAUGUGCCACGCACGCGAGCCGGUCUGGCAGGGCAUUUUGUGGCCGCCCAAGGGUGUGGUCCUUGAAACCGAGGCCGAUGUCGCCCGCCACGCGCAGCAGGUCUUUCUUCAGGCCGGCGUCACCCACGCCAUGCCGCCGCCAAACGCCAUUGCGACGAUGGACGACGAAAGCCGCGCCGCGCUGGCGGCAUGGUAUCGCAACGCCACCGCCGGCGACAGGGCGUUGAGCCGAGAGAAUAUCGAAAAUCUGAUCGCCGCCGUCGCCCUGCGCGACCGCAAGGCGCUGACGCACCUCUACGCUCUGACGUCGGCGAAACUGUUCGGGGUCUGCCUUCGUGUCUUGAAAGACAGACAGGAUGCCGAGGAUGCGCUGCAGGAAGCCUACAUCAAGAUCUGGAACGGAGCCGGCCGCUACGGCGCCGGAGGCUACAGUCCCAUGUCGUGGCUGAUCGCGAUCGCGCGCAACACCGCCAUCGACAAGGUGCGCGCCCGGCGACCCGACCCUGUCGACAUCGAUGAAGCCGCCGACCUGUCGGACGAUGCGCCGGGUCCGGAAGCGACCGCCAUCGCAGCCUCCGAGGGCCGGCGGAUCGAUCUGUGUCUCGACGAGUUGGAUGCGCGCCGCGCCGAUGCGGUGCGCGCCGCCUAUGUCGAGGGAUAUUCCUAUCAGGAACUGGCCGACCGCCACGCUGUGCCGCUCAACACGAUGCGGACCUGGCUGCGCCGGACGAUGAGCGCCAACGAAACCGCCCGUCCCGACGAUGCAACCGUCGCCGAAUAUGUGCUGGGUACGCUGCCCCAUGCCGAGCGCGUCGCGUUCGAGAAGCUGUUGCGCGACGAUGCCGCGCUGCGCCGCGAUGUCGCCGACUGGAGCAACCGUCUUGCCCCACUGGCCGACGAGAUCGAAGCGAUCGAGCCGCCGGCGGCCGUUCUCGCCAACAUCGAGGCGGCGCUGUUCGAACCGGCUGCCGGCCCCGCUCCCUUCUGGCAGCGGCUCGGCGUCUGGCGCGGGCUUGCCGUCGCUUCGCUCGCCGGCAUGAUCGUCUUUGCCGGCCUUUAUGCGCAAACGCUGCAGCCGGACGAUCCGGCAACCCGCCUGAUCGCCACCGUCUCGGGCGCCCAGAGCGACGUGCGACUGGCGGCGCUUUACGAGCCGGAGACGCGCACCUUGCGGUUGAACCGGCGCGCCGGCACGCCCGAACCGGACCGGGCAUUCGAACUCUGGCUGAUCGCCGGCGAUGCGGCGCCCGUUUCGCUCGGCGUGCUGCCGCAGAGCGCCGCCAUCCUCGUCGACGUGCCGGAAGCGCUGGCCGGCCGCAUCGGCGAUGGCGCGGUCCUGGCCGUCAGCGACGAGCCGGGCGGCGGCUCGCCGACAGGACAGCCCACCGGGGCGGUGCUCGCGACCGGCGAGAUCACCGCACUCUGA